AUGGAUCUGCCGAUAGAGAUCCGACUGAUGAUAUACGAGUUCUUGGUCGGAGAGCAGAUUUGGCCGCACUCUGACCCGGAACUUCAUGCCCAUGUCGAACAAAGCCACGAAGCCGCUGUGGCUGAAUUCAGUGCGAAAUCAUGGACUGAUGGGAUAAACACUGGGGUGUAUCCGAUCUUAUUCGCCAAAGUCCAGAGGAAGAAGCGUCACUUCAAGCGUGCGGAUCGUUCGGUCGAAAACGAGACAUCACCAGAAGAUUCGCAUGUCGGCCUUGGUCCUACUCGAGAUGUACAAGCAGCGGCGAUGAAUCUCAUGCGUGCCAAUCGGGAAGUCCGCCGAGAAGUCGCAAAAGCUGUAUGGGGUAAGUCUAUCAAGCGCUUCAACCGGCUGCGUGUUCUGAAUGACACCGUCUACUAUCUUCGCAGAUACUGCACGAGACAAGAGUUGCCAGGCCAUUCGUUCCCGCCUCGCGACCCUCUGGUACUACAGCGUGUAUCGCUAAGUCUCUCCAACGAGGAGUAUUUGCAUUUCGUCGGCUAUGAAUUUGACCAUCGUCGUAUCGUACGUCGCGAUGCUGAGGGCGGCUUGAAGAUGUUGGCAGGUAUACAUACCUUGCAACACUUGAACCUCCAGUUCCAGAUUUUCGAGCCGUCUCUUCAGCCGCUGCCUGGUGAGGGGGAUUAUUGGGAGUAUCGGACGGAUUGUUGGACACCUCUCGACGGUCUGACGUGCCAAAAGGAGCUUGUCAAUAUCAUCUUGACACUGGGCUACGACCUGCUGAAAAGGAUCGAGAAGGUUACCAUUUCUGGGCACGUGAAGCGAUCAGCCCAUGAGAAAUGGGAUCCUUUGUUGCGCGGCGAAGCCUACAUCAAGGCAUCUGGUAAGAAGGGCGACAUGGCAGCGGAUGUUGCAGAAAUUCUAGCUACACCCGAUUCGACAUAG